UCACAAAAAGGAAGAUAAAAUGAGUACUGGUCGAAAGCGCUUGUUUUACAAGUUGGUCUGAAACCGUAUUUGCCUUUAUUUUCAAAUCUAUACCGCCACCGAUUCCCGAUAUCUUUUAUUUUGAAUUAUAUCCCACCACUUCCUGCCUGGCAGUGCACCUGGCCUGUCAGUGCACCUCCCUUGCAAAAAAAGAGGGGAUCCGCACUCGAGGGGUGAUUCAAUGUAGUCGCCCCGCGGAGGCCCCACGAGAGGCCGCAUGACGACAAGGAGAGCCGCGGCGUAAGGAGCGCCUGCGUUGCGGUCGGCGAUCUGGCGGGACACCCGCUGAGAGAGACCACAGACGGGCCCCUCUUGCAACGAUGGCGAAGCAGGCAAAGUCCGCAUUUGGUUCGCAAACGACGCGCGUCGCGCUUUAAGCGGAACUGCCAUCGAUCAAAACCGGUCCGGCAAGGCAACCAACCGGCGUAACGCCCGACCCGGUCAGACCCGACCCGUCCGCCCCUGACUGCCACACUCCGCCCCGCGUGUGUUCGGCAUGAGGCGGAGGCUCCGUUACGGCGCUCCGCUCGUCAUAAGCGUCUGACAGGCGGCGUGGAGAGACAGACAAAGCGGGGAGGAUGUUGAUGCGGUGGUGCUACCGGGCCAAGCUGUCGGCGUGGGCUGCCCUGUGCGUGCUGGUGCUUGGCUGGUACUACGUAUUCCCUGUGUACCGGGUGCCUCGGGACAAGGACAUCGUGGAAGAGGUGCUGAGGCAGCAGGGCCACGUGUGGAAGAAGAACCAGACUGGCAUCGACCUUUACAGGAAGCUGCUGAACGACUGCUGCGACCCGCAACAUCUGUUCGCGCUGACCAAGGAGAACGCGCCGGUGGGCAAGGUGCUGUGGUACGACGGCGAGUUCUACCACUCGCACACGGUCAACAACGAGACCCACUCGUUGUUUGUGCAGUCCAACCCUCUGUCGCUCCCCCUGAAGAAAUGUGCAGUGGUGGGCAACGGCGGCAUCCUCCGGCACAGCCAGUGCGGCCGUGACAUCGACCGGGCCGACUUUGUCAUGAGGUGUAACCUCCCGCCGCUCUCCAAGGAAUACGUGGAGGACGUUGGCACCAAAACCCACCUGGUGACGGCCAACCCGAGCAUCAUUGAGAAGAGAUUCCAGAACCUGUUGUGGUCCCGCAAGGCCUUCGUGGACAGCAUGAAAGCGUACGGAACCGGUUUCGUUUACAUGCCGGCAUUCUCCAUGCGUCCCAGCACCGACCCGUCGCUGCGGGCCACCUACGCGCUGGCCGACUCUUCGUCCGACCUCACCAUGCUCUUCGCCAACCCCGCCUUCCUGCGUAGCGUGGGUCGGUUCUGGAAGGCGCGCGGCGUGCACGCCCGCCGCCUCUCCACGGGCCUAUUCAUAGUCAGCCUGGCGCUCGGCCUGUGCGACGAGGUGAGCGUCUACGGCUUCUGGCCCUUCCCCUCGGACCUUGCCCAGCGACCCAUCAGCCACCACUACUACGACGACAUGCAGCCCUUCCGCUGGUUCCACGCCAUGUCCGAAGAGUUCGUGCAGCUGUGGGAGCUGCACAAGAGCGGGACUCUGCGCGUGAAUCUGGGACGCUGCGAUUAAGUGACUGCGCUCCCGGCAUCCGAAUAUUCAUGCCGCUACUCAUGGGACUAGCGAUGACUGGGGUGCUCUUACUCGAUCUUCCUAACAGACGUUGUCGACGUGGCUGUUAACGAACUAUCAGUUGUCCAGCAGAGGAGGAGGAGCUUCGGGAAUCGCGAACUGGCUCCAAAGUGGCUUUUGGAGGGGACGUUUGCGCGCUUAUUGACGAUGCUUCUAGUCCCUUGUACUUGUAUGAACUUUGUUUUCAUGAGUAAGACAACGUAGGGUCCAACCGGCCGAUAUAAUCAACCGAUAUUUGCUCUCGAAAACAAAGGACAGUCAAACAUUACCGAGGGGGGAUGGGGGGGGGCUGAUCUUUAAAGUGAUGUAAUUCAUAUCCUAAAUGUUUUCAGCGUUAAGGGACCAAAAAAGUAAGUUCUAUUAGACAGUGCCUGUUUUUUUUUCUUUUUUUUUUUUUUUAAUCGAUCUGCCUGUUUUUUUUUUUUGUUUUUUUUAAUCAAUCGGACGAAUGAUCGGAAUUUUAUUCUGCCAAAUAUAUCGGAAUCGACAUCGACCACAAAAAAAACCCAAAAAUGUACUCGUGGAACGACUCAUUUCACAAACGACUACGGCAUAGUAGAGGGACAGUUUAUUUUCUUCACUCUUUUAUUCCAUAUCGGAUAACAUUUCUGCGCAUUCUAUCUUCCCGGUGUUUUUUUUUCUCACUCCUUCCUGACAGUUUUUUUCCCCACUACUUUUUUCCAUUGCGACACAGCAUUUCCGUCGUACGAUUGUAAAAUGACUUUAGCAAUAUCACUGUUGUGUGACAUUUCUGCGCACUAGUAGAGCGGAUAAAUCUUACGAACGUAAUUUCUUUCCACUUCUAUAGUCCCUGAACUAGUCGAUUAAGGGUGCACUGGAAUGAGUAUCUUACUCGUAUUUUUUUUUUUUUUUUACGACUAGCCUCCACUACUGUAUGUUAAUUUUCUUCCAUAUCUUAUGAGUAGAACAAAUUCGUUUCAUUUUCCCCCACUCCUUCCUUCCUCUCCUGUUUGACAUUUUCUUUGCACUAGUGGAACGACAUAUUGUAUCUUAAAAAUGUUUUUUUUUUUUUUUUAAACGACGAUGAUAUUUUGGCACACUAGGAGAAUGACUAUUUUUUUCCCCACUAUUGACUUCCAUUAUUGUCUGACAUUUUCUGCGCACUAUGGGGGGGGGGGGGGGGGGGGGACUAUCCAGUAAUUAACAUCUGUACACUACUAGUGAAGCAUCCGAAGUUAACUCGUAGUAUUUUAUGAUGUCACUAGUAGCACGCAGUUGCACUUUUUUUUUACUAGUGUGCCUUUGUUGUUCUGGAUUAUUAUUAUUAUUUUUUUUUUACAAGUGACAAAAAAGAGCAUACGCACGCUAGUAGGAUCUCAAAAAAAUGCCCCAACGGCUCUCCGCGGUGCCACACGAGCGGUGAGCAUGUCUGCCUCGCAGUUUUGAGGUUUCAAGUUCAAAUCCCGUCUUUCCAACCGGGUGCUCGCGUGGAGUUUUUAGCUCCCACAUUCCAAAAACAUGCAUGCUAGGUCCACUGAAGACUCAAAAUUGUCCUUGCAUUUUUUUUUUUCCGUCUGGAUGCCACAUUAAAUUGGCUUUUUGGAAGCCAUUAGCCAAUCCCUCCCCGCACCCCCCUGCAAAAAAAAAAAAAAAUAGGGGGGGAACUACCUUUGUUGUUAUUUUUGCUCAGGAUCCACGAGGAAGCGUCAAUUCCACGUACACGAUGAAACUUUGUCACCACAAGCACAAAGUUGGGUUCUGCGAAGCGGAGCCGUCAUGUAUGGGAUUUCACGCUCAUUUGGUGCGCAGUUGUUCUUAGUAUUAGAAAUGUAAUUUAGCGCACGUGCACAAGGGGCCAAAAAAAAAAAAGGUGUCAGAGCAGCUUGCGGAUCAAAGAGUGCACCUGAUAGGACUGCUGACUUGAUGUUGUUUUGUACAAGAAUGUGCCAUUCUUCUCUUUAGUUCUCCUUUAUGAUUACUUGGUCAAGAUAUGAAGGUUGAGUGCCUUUAAAAAAAAAUCGAUACGAAUAGAUAAUUCCAUUUCUGGGCGCUGUUGAUCAGCCUGAUGACAUGACCUCUGUUAACUUAUUGAACAUGAUGUAAAUUGUGUAAAGGUGCGCGCUGGUGGAUGACACUUGCUUUGUUGAUUCAUGAAACCUUUUUAUCAUUAAUGUCCUCGUUCCAUCCUAUUUGUUACUGGGAGGCAGUUGGGAUUUGAAGGGAAAUGUAAUGUGAUUUACCGCUCUGGAUUUAGAUUAAAGCUUCAUUUUGUAGCGUA